AUGAGACAGGUGGAAUUCAAAGUGGUUGAUGUGGAACCAGAAGAAUACGGUGUUGUUGCCCAAGAUACUGUCAUACACUGGGAAGGUGAACCUAUCGAUAGAGAAGAUGAAGAAAAUAGUAUGAAUGAUGUUGGUUACGAUGAUAUUGGUGGUUGUCGUAAACAAAUGGCCCAAAUUAGAGAAAUGGUGGAGUUACCACUGAGACACCCUCAAUUGUUCAAAGCCAUUGGUAUUAAACCACCAAGAGGUGUUCUUAUGUAUGGUCCACCUGGUACGGGUAAGACUUUGAUGGCCAGAGCUGUGGCUAAUGAAACUGGUGCCUUUUUCUUUUUGAUUAAUGGUCCGGAAGUGAUGUCAAAGAUGGCCGGUGAAUCAGAAUCCAAUUUAAGAAAGGCAUUUGAAGAAGCUGAAAAAAAUGCUCCUGCUAUUAUUUUUAUUGAUGAAAUCGAUUCCAUUGCACCCAAGAGAGAUAAGACCAAUGGUGAAGUGGAGAGAAGAGUUGUUUCCCAAUUGUUGACUUUAAUGGACGGUAUGAAAUCAAGAUCAAAUGUUGUCGUCAUUGCAGCAACGAAUAGACCAAAUGCCAUUGAUCCAGCAUUGAGAAGAUUUGGUAGAUUUGAUAGAGAAGUGGACAUUGGUAUCCCUGAUGCUGUGGGUCGUCUUGAAAUUUUGAGAAUUCAUACAAAGAAUAUGAAAUUGGCUGAUGAUGUUGAUUUAGAAUAUUUAGCCAAUGAGACUCAUGGUUAUGUUGGUUCUGAUGUUGCGUCAUUAUGUUCUGAGGCAGCCAUGCAACAAAUUAGAGAAAAGAUGGAUUUGAUUGAUUUAGAAGAAGAUGAAAUUGAUGCAGAAGUAUUAGAUUCAUUAGGUGUCACUAUGGAUAAUUUCAAAUUUGCUCUCGGUAAUUCCAACCCUUCAGCAUUACGUGAAACUGUGGUAGAGAGUGUCAAUGUUACUUGGGAAGAUAUCGGUGGUCUUGAUGAGAUUAAGCAAGAACUAAAGGAAACUGUAGAAUAUCCUGUGCUACAUCCCGAUCAAUAUACGAAGUUUGGUCUUGCUCCCUCUAAGGGUGUGCUGUUUUAUGGGCCACCUGGUACAGGUAAGACUCUUUUAGCCAAGGCAGUGGCCACAGAAGUCUCUGCUAAUUUUAUAUCUGUUAAGGGUCCUGAAUUAUUAAGUAUGUGGUACGGUGAAUCUGAAUCCAAUAUUCGUGAUAUAUUUGACAAGGCCAGAGCUGCAGCUCCUACGGUGGUGUUUUUGGAUGAAUUAGAUUCCAUUGCAAAAGCAAGAGGUGGGUCCAUGGGUGAAGGUGGUGCCUCAGAUAGAGUGGUGAAUCAAUUAUUGACUGAAAUGGAUGGUAUGAAUGCGAAGAAGAAUGUCUUUGUCAUAGGUGCCACAAACAGACCUGAUCAAAUUGAUCCUGCUAUCUUGAGACCGGGGAGAUUAGACCAAUUGAUUUACGUUCCAUUACCCGAUGAAGUGGCCAGAUUGUCCAUCUUGCAUGCACAAUUGAGAAAUACACCUUUGGAACCCGGUUUGGACUUGUCUUUGAUUGCCAAGGCUUCACAGGGGUUCUCAGGUGCUGAUUUAUCAUAUAUUGUACAAAGAGCAGCCAAGUUUGCCAUUAAGGAAUCCAUCGAGGCUCAAGUGGAGAGGACCAAGAGAGAGGAUGCCAAGGCAGAGAGUGAAGGUGAUAUCAAGAUGGAGGGCCAAGAAGCUGAAGAGGAACCCGAGGAGGAUCCUGUUCCAUUUAUAACGAGAGAGCAUUUUUGCCGAGGCAAUGAAAACUGCCAAGAAAUCUGUUUCUGA